UACCGGAAGUGACGGUAGCUAUGUAAACAAAUUGGAGCUCAUUCAGCAAGUCUUGCGAAUCGGUGUUGAACAACCAUUUUGCGUGUCCGAAAAUAUACUAGUAAUGAGUUUAUGUUGUUUUUAUCCUCGUCGUGAUGUUUUGUUUUAUCAGAUUUUUUUUCUCCCGGAAGCAGCAGAAGCGCGUAGAGUUAGCCUAGCCUAGCCUGCUAGCUGGAAACAGUGAGUCACACACAUUGAUGAAGAACAGAUUAUUUUUCUGAUGGAGGUUAGGGAGAGAAAAGGUCUCAGAAAGUCUCAGCGUCGGAGAAAAGACAGUUAACAGAAAUGGAGGAACCGACGCGCAGUGACGACGUCCAGCAGGAUGACCCAGAGAUUAAACAGGAACAGGAUGAGGCUGAGGUCACAGAGUUUGUAUUCAAUCCUGUCAAAAAUGAGGAUGAGGAAGACUUUUCUCAGCCUUUGGAGCUUCAUCUCAUCCAGACUGAGAACAGAAACCUUGUGGGACCAGAAUCGCUCUCAUCUGAACCUCCAGAGGCUUCAGAGAAAAACUGCAGAGAAAGCAAUGGGUCUUCAUUAGGUGAUAUGAGUGCGAAAAAGUUCUACAGCUGCUCUGAAUGUGGGAAAACCUUCAACAGCCGACCAUGUCUGGUAAGACACAACAGAAUCCACUCUGAAGAAAAACCCUUCAGUUGCUCUUUCUGUGACCAGAAGUUCAGCAGGAGGGAAAGCGUAACUCGCCACAUGAGGUGUCACACCGAGGAAAAACCUUUUAGCUGCUCGGUUUGUGAACAAAAGUUCAGCCGAAAGGAGAGUCUGACGUAUCACAUGACCUACCACACUAAAGAAAAACCUCACAGCUGCUCCAUCUGCAACAAAGCUUUCACUUCAAAACGAAAUCUGAUGGAGCACGGGAGAAUCCACACGAAUGAAAGGCCGUUCAGCUGCUCUAUCUGCAAGGCCACUUUCAAGCGGAAAUACACGCUGGUGGAGCACACUAGGAGCCACACCGGACAGAAACCGUACCAAUGCUCAAUGUGCGGCCAGAACUUCAGUCAUGGCAUCAGCCUCACCCGUCACAUGAGGUGUCACACAGGACAGAAACCCUACAGUUGUCCCAUCUGUAAGGCUGCUUUCAAACUGAAGAACGCCUUGAUGGAGCACACCAGGAUUCACACAGGAGAGAAACCAUUCAGCUGCACCGUCUGUAAGGCUGCAUUCAGGAGGAACCAGGACGUUGUGAAGCACACCAAGAUCCAUGCAGGUGUCCAGCAGCUGUUGGUAAUUAAAGUGGAGCCUUUGCAUCAGGAGAGCAGCUCUAGUCCCAAACUGGUCCAGGAACAGCCUAACCCUCCACAGAUUAAGGAGGAAGAUGAGGAGGCUGAGAUUACACAACUCAGAUUACCUGCUGUCCCGAUGAAGAGCAGAGAUGUUCAAAACAAAUCUCUGUCGUCACAAAUUCUUCCCAGCCAAGCUGAGGAGAGCAGAUAUUCUGAGAGCCUGGAGCCGAGUCUAGAUCAGCAUUUACAGUCAUCCUUCGACAAGGAGUCGGGUUUAGACUCUCUGCAGAACAGCCCAGUUAGCAAAACUGCCUGCGAGAGCAGAAAGAAGCUCCACAGCUGCUCCGAGUGCAGUAAAACUUUUAACCACCGGGCAGAUCUGUCGAGACACAACCGAGUCCACACAGGAGAGCGACCCUUCAAAUGUUCAGUUUGUAACGCAGCGUUUAGAAGAAAAUUCACGCUAGCAGAGCACAUGAGGACACACACUGGCGAGAAACCGUACAGCUGCUCCCUUUGUGAGCAAAGCUUUGGCCGUAAGUCCAGUCUCACCUGCCACAUGAGUUGUCACAGCGCAGAAAAACCUCUCCAAUGUUUGCUUUGUAAGGCCAAGUUUAGGGAUAAACAAUUUCUUGUGGAACACACAAAAACUCACACAGGUAAAUAACUGUUGGGUUGUACAGUCCGGGGUCAAAGGUUCACAUGGUUGCAUGCAGUGCAUGCUCAAAGAGGAAACAAUUUCAGUUCUGUUUGUAAAAACACAAGAGGCAGAGAUGAGCAGUUAUCACAAUAAAUUAAUUUAUUAGGAAUAAAAACUGCAAACCCAGAUUCACUCUUGGUUUCAUAACAGCAGAAACUGAAUCAGUAUUUAUGAAAAUAUCCUCUAUUGCAAUUAAUGUGUUGGUUAGCUGUACAAUUGCACAAAUGUUUACAACUGUUGCA